AUGUUUCUGUCUCUUCCUAUGUUGACUGUCCUUAUUCUGUUGGUCUCGUUAGCAGGGCUGUUAUACUCGGCCUCCAUGGAAGAAAACUUCCCACAGGGCUGCACUAGCACAAGCAGCCUGUGCUUUUACCGUCUGCUCUUGCCGAUCACCAUACCCGUUUAUGUGUUCUUCCACUUUUGGACUUGGAUGGGUAUUAAACUCUUCAGGCAUAAUUAAUACAACCAGAGCCAAGAUGGUAUAUCCUAAUGAUAGGCUUGAGUGUCUGCCUCUGAAAGCUCAACUACAUGGAAAUACUGGACACCCACUUAAUGUGCAAGAAAGAUGCUUUGCCUAGCUUCUGUCAGAGGUUUAGGAUUAGGGGAGGCUUAAGCUGCAGAGGCUUCUUUAUUGUACUUUGGUUCUGCCCUUGUUUUUUGAAGGUUCUUAUUUAUACCUGGGGUAUCAGGAGAAACAUUUCAACAGAGUGUCUUGUUGGAAAUUAAUAGCCCCAGCCAUCAUCUGAUGAC